GGGAAGUAAAAGGGCUCUUCGUCUGGAGCGAGAGACUAUAGUCGGGAAUCACAGAUCCAGGAUUAGGUCCCGGCAUGGGGGACAUGAAGACCCCAGAUUUCGAUGACCUGUUGGCAGCGUUUGACAUUCCCGACAUUGAGGCCAUCCAGUCUGCUCCUGAUGAGGCUGAGGGCCCACACGGGCCAGGCGGUGCUCCUCUGGGAAAGCCAGACGGUGGGGUUGGUGUAGGACCGUCUCUGAGACCACCUAGCCCCCCAGACCCCCAAGCUGACACCCCUAUUGUCAGCGUUAUUGUAAAGAACCGUGUGCGACACGACACCAUCGACGGAGGGGAUGGGGACACACACCAGGACACUAUGGACGGCAUUGCUGGGGUCGCUGUGGGUCCACGGCUCGGUGCCUGUACCCCAGGCAUGGCGGAAUCUGAACCACUCAACCACAAUGGGUUUGGGGUCUCUGGUGUGACCCCGCCCCUAACCCAGGCUCAUGCCCAAUCUAAUGGGGAGCCGUGGUCCGUGUGUAAACCCAAAACAGCUUCAGAGGGUGGAGGAUGCGGUGCUGGAUCAACUAAAUCUGCCAAGCAGGUUGGCAAUAUAUUCAACAGACUGAAGCCUCUCAUGGUGCAGGGGUCAGGAGACCCUGUAGGGAAGGCGAGAAAGAUGCAGCUUCUACAGCAGCAGCACUACCAGCAGCAGCAGCAUACACAGCAAGAGACGGGCCAAGGAGGAGGAGAUGAGGACAAAGCAUCGUUAUCCUCCUCUUCAUCUGUCGAGUCUGCUCUUCUUGUCCCAGCAGUGUCAGUUGGACUGUCCUCUCCUUUCUUCCCGCCUUCCAAGCCUCUGCUCCUGUCUCCGUCAUCAGCCCUCUCUUCACACCCGCUGCACUCAUCUCAGCCGUUUAACGGGGCACCUAAAGCCGGCCCGGCAUUAUUUAGUCCCCGAGACUCAGAGGAGGAUGAUUCCGAUCCGGACCUAGGGCCCCCGCUGCUGAUCCAGGAACCCCCUGACUCCCCCUCCCGCACCCCUCCCAAACUGGCACGUCGUUUUAGAUCCCCUGCUGCCAUCUCUGACUCCACCCAUCCCAUGGCCUCUUCGGCAGCUCACCCCAAACCAGGGGACACUCCCUCGGGCACUAUCGUGACCUCAACUCCCCAGUCAGGCUCCACCAAGAGUCCACCACAGGAAGACAAACACCCAGAGCAUGUUAUAGAAGAGCGGGACUCGCCUGAAAGUCCUGAGCCAGAGAUACCCAAAUCGGCAGCACCAGUAACUGCCAAGAGGUGCUCCAGCCCUGCAGUAGCCUCCACACCGCCCCCCUCAGACCUUCAGGAGCCUAAGGAGGAGGAGGAGAUGGAGUUGGGGAAUGGAAUAGAGAAGGCUAUUAUGGAUGGCAAGGCAGAUUUUGGAAAGGAAGAGGGUGCAAGAACAGGAGAGGAGAAAAUGGAGAUGGAUGAUGGCAAGUCUAAACCUCCAACCACCGAAGGUAGCACCUCAAUUCCAGGAGGGCCUGCGGCUCCUGCCAGGCCCCUCAAAGUGCGGAUAAAGACCAUCAAAACCUCCACUGGUGGAAUCACCAGAACUGUUACCAGGGUCGCACCCAAAGCAGGUGCUGCCGGAGCCAAGGGUUUGGACCCCAGCAAGGCUCAUCAAGGGGGUCGCAAGGCCCCAGCCAACAGGUCCCGGAAGCCUGACACUCCCUCUGGUCGUAUGGUAGCCUCCCAGACGCAGAAAGUAAAGAGCCUCAACACACUACCUGUGUCUACACUAGCAGCCAGUAGCGCUAUGCUAGUUGCUGCAACCAAGGCUCAGAACAAGAUGGCUGCCUCAGACAAAGCCAUGGUAUCUGCCACUGCUGUUAGCUUCACUAAAUCUGCCGCCCUGCCUGCCGCUCCCUGUGUCUCCUCUCCUAAGUUCUCAGUAGCCACUGGUGGGCUGUGUGUACGUCCUGUCGGUGCUAAAACAGCUAACGGAGGCACCGCCAGCAUCCUAGCCGGCACUCACCAGCCAAACAAGCCUGCCUCCAUCGUGAACAGUACGGGUGCCGUCAUCUCCCGCAGUCAGUCUAGCCUGGUGGAGGCCUUCAACAAGAUCCUCAACAGCAAGAACCUGCUGCCCAGUUAUAAACCCGACCUUUCAGCUCCUCUGCCCCCAGAGUGGGGGCUUCCUCUGCCUGCCACGGGUUACCGCUGUCUGGAAUGUGGCGACGCCUUCGCCCUGGAGCGCAGCCUGGCCCGUCACUACGACAGGCGCUCGCUGCGCAUCGAAGUGACCUGCAAUCACUGUGCCAAACGGCUGGCCUUCUUUAACAAGUGCAGCCUGCUGCUCCACGCCAGGGAGCAUAAAGAACGCGGGCUGGUCAUGCAGUGCUCUCACCUUGUCAUGAGGCCCGUCAACAUGGAGCAGAUGAUUGGCCAGCAGGACACCACACCCAUCGGCAUGCUCUCCCCUUCUUCAAUCUCCUGUCCUCCCCCAGUCUCCUCCCCCACGUCCGGAGUCCCCGCCGUAUCGUCCAGCUCCAGCCCACUGAAGGACACACGGUCUCCCUCCGCCGCACAGCCGAGACCAGUCCGCCGCGCGCUCCAGAGCCCCCAGGCACUGAUGCCCCUCCCCUGCAAGAAGGGCGAGGUGCUGCAGUACCACAACUUCAAGUGUCCCGAGUGCCAGGCCCAGUUCUCUGGCAAGGCCGAGCUGGUCGCCCACUUCCAGCAGAUCAGAGCUACCCCCAACUCGACCUGUACCCUGUGUUCCCCUCCCAUGAUGCUGCCUAACUGGUGCAGUGUGUCGGCUCACCAGAGGAUUCAUAAGCACCGGGCACCCCACGUCUGUCCAGAGUGUGGGGGCAUUGCCCGGCAAGCCAGCUUCCAGACCCACCUGGAGGAGGCCUGUCUGCACUUCGCCCGCCGCAUCGGAUACAGGUGCUCCAGUUGCCAGGUGGUCUUCGGGGGUCUGAACUCCAUCAAGUCCCACAUCCAGACGGCCCACUGCGAGGUGUUCCACAAGUGCCCCAGCUGCCCCAUGGCCUUCAAGUCUGCCCCUAGUGCACAGGGACACAUCAGCACCCAGCACCCUACCCUCACCGGGGGACAGGCUAAAAUGAUCUACAAGUGUGUGAUGUGCGAUACAGUUUUUACCCAGAAACCGUUACUGUACAUGCAUUUCGACACCCACCUGGCCAAGCAGAAAGUGCAUGUGUUCAAGUGUCCUGACUGCACCAAACUCUACGCGCAGAAAGGUUCCAUGAUGGAACACAUAAAGACUGCUCACAGAGGACUGUCAGUCAAACAGGAGGGACAAUCCGAUGCCUCCGCACCUGCCACAGCCCCCACCAACCCCUCCCCCCCAUCCCCCCCCAAAUCUAAGCCCUCUGAAAAAACAGACAACUCAGAUGGAGAGGACUGGGGCCGAGACCAAGAAGAAGAGGAGGAAGGAGAAGAAGAGGGGGAUGAGGACUAUGAGAAACCUGAGAAUCAGUGUAGUUCUAUGGAGGCAGGCAGCCAUCGUGGGACCCCCUCAGAAUGGAGCUGCCAGCAAUGUCAGAAGAGCUUCACACAGAGCGACGACUACAUCUCUCACAUGAAAACAGAGCAUGGAAAGGCUAUGAAGAAGUUCCUGUGUCGUGUGUGUGAGAGCUCCUUCUGCACCUCUUCCAGCCUGCGGCGCCAUGUACGCGUCAUCCACGAGGGGAACAAGAGAGUCUUCCACUGCCAAUAUUGCACUGAGGGCAAGCGGACCUUCAGCAGUCGGCUAAUACUGGAGAAGCAUAUCCAGGUCCAUCAUCACGGGGUCAGAUCCACUGAUGGACAGGGCCCUCAGACCAGGAAGCGUUCAGCACCGGGUAAGGGGCCAGGCAGCUCGUCUGAAGCUGACGGGGAGGGGGGGCCACCAGGGGACGAGGAAGGGGGUGGCACGGACAGCGGAGAGGCCACAGAGGAGGGGGGCGAGGAGGGCUGCAGUCCCGUGAAGAGAACUCGCGCGUCAGCACCUCCCGAGGCCGACAACGUGUUCCACUGCGUGCCGUGCGGCUUCGCCACAGAGGACGCCACCGAGUUCCAGCGCCACAUCCCGCAGCAUCGCGCCGAUGCUGCCUCCUUCCAGUGCCUGCAGUGUGGCGUGUGCUUCGCCUCGGCCGGCUCCCUGGGACGCCACCGUUUCAUCACCCACCGCGUGAGAGACCCCCAGGGGGAGUCCGAUCGCAGGCCGCCUCGCACCCCUUCUUCCCCAGAUGGCUCACCACCCUCCCCCCUGGAGGGAGAGGACGGAAAGGGGAGUAUGAGCUGCAGGGUGUGCAGGCGGCGCUUCAACAGGGCCUCUGACCUUAACACCCACUUGAGGACCCACGGCAUGGCCUUCAUCACCGCCCACAAGACAGACAAGCCCCAGUAGGUUGAAGCUGCCCCUAGAUGCUGAUCCUGGGUCAGUUUUGCAUUUCCCCCACUAAUGUUUAAGGUUAGGAUUGGGGAGAGGAAGCUGAUCCUAGAUCUGUAACUCUGGGAAACUUCACCCCAGAGCCGGACAAGCCCCAGUAUGGAGAGGGGUGAGGCCUCGGGGGUGACGGACAGGCCUGGGAGAUGAGGGGUUUUGACUUGGAAUCAUACUUGGGUAGCUGAAUUUGGAUGGAUAAAAGCAGACCCAGAUCUACUUCUGUGCUGUUUUGAGCCAUCUGAGCUCUGUGUUUCUUUGUCACUAACUGUGCAGUAAAACUCGCAUGCUGAGCAGUGGACUGGACACGCAUGUGGAUGGGAGUUCUGAGGGUCAAGACCACCUGAUCAUAGCAUUUACUUAAGCCAUAUGUGUCCAUCAUCAACUUUUCGAUGACUUAUUAUUUUUCUGCCUUUAAUAUUAUUGUAUCUUUAUGUGAACCAUACUAUAUUUUUUCUACAUGCGUUUCCUUCUGUAUUUUUUUUUUUUUUUUUUGUCCAUGUCUUUCUUACUAAUUUCCUUAUCCGAGCCAUGUGUCUUGAAAGGUAUUCUGUCUUGCAUUGCAUUGUCAAGCUCACAUCCACACACACACACUGUACAAAGAAAGCACUCCUUUGGUUGGUCCUAGAUCAGUUUCUAUGGGUACAUCUCUUUAGUGAGGGCUGGAUAAAACUGUUCUCAAAUCAGUAACCUUAGAGGUAUCUGAAACAAAAAAAGGGAGUAUUUGGAGAGUUUUAAACACUGAUUAAGUACUAAUAACAUUGUUCUAUUUAUUUAUAUGAAACACAUUGUUGUUGUUUGUGGGAGUCAUUUGCCACCAAUCUUAUAUCAAGAUUAAAUGGUAAAAGUAGUUUGAAAUGGAUGCCACAGACAGUGAAACGCGAGAAUUAUAUCUGUGUUCCAUACACAUUUCUGUAGGAGACGAGUUUACAUAGAUUAUUGUAACCGGUCUUAUUUUGAGUGGUACAUUGUGUCGUCAAUUGUAGCUAGGACGAGAGAUUUUACCUGUGGUGCACAUGGGUGUAUGUUGCGCUGUAAAUACAUAUUAUACACUAAAAGAAAGCUUUUUGGUUUUAAUUCUUAUGAAAAUGUGAAUUUAAGUAUAGUAUUUGUACUCGUAACUUUUUUUUUUUUUUACCAAUUUGAAACAUUUUUAUGGAAGGUAGCUAGCUAUAUUGUCACUCACAAUUAAGCAGAGGGAAAGUGUGAGGGGCUGUAGUGUUUUUUGUGUGUAUUUUUCUCCCCAAUUUCGUGGUAUCCAAAUUGGUAGUAGUUACAGUCUUGUCUCGUCGCUCUGCAACUCCUGUACGGACUCGGGAGAGGCAAAGGUCGAGAGCCAUGCAUCCUCCGAAACACAACCCAACCAAGCCGCACUGCUUCUUGACACAAUGCCCAUCCAACCCGGAAGCCAGCCGCACCAAUGUGUCGGAGGAAACACCGUAUACCUGGCGACCGUGUCAGCGUGCACUGCACCCGGCCCGCCACAGGAGUCACUAGUGCGUGAUGAGACAAGGAUAUCCCUGCCGGCCAAACCCUCCCUAGCCCGGACGACGCGGAGCCAAUUGUGCGCCGCCCCAUGGGCCUCCCGGUCACAGCCGGCUGUGACAGAGCCUGGACACGAACCCAGAAUCUCUAGUGGCACAGCGAUGCAGUGCCUUGUGCCAUUCGGGAGGCCCUGUAUUGUGUUUUAAUGAUGUGUAUGAUUGAUUUCUAACUGCAGAAUCCAUGCUUGCUGUACCCCACUUUCUUUAUGUAUCUGUCUCAAAAACCUCGUCACGUGAAAGCCUUUAAAAAAUGUUGCCCGAUAUAUAUUAGAGAAAAUGAUUCCACAAGCUUCAUUUUAUUAUUUUCCAUUAUGACUGUAGUCUGCUUGCUGAAUUCCCAUACAGUUUUUGUGCCGUUUCAAAAUAAAUGUGUAAAGGAGAACUUUUACUUCUGUCCAGUCUUUUGAAUAAGCGUUAUAGAACUGUUUAGAGUAUGGCAUGAAAUAUUUAAUUUAGGCAAGUUUACAUUAUGUACAACAAUUUUAUACAGAAAUACAUCAUUCCUCUACUCAUAAUCUUGACACAAACAUUACUACCUUUGCAAGACACUAAUCUUAUACUACAGUCCUUUGGGAUAUAACUGUUCAAAAUCCCAAAUGCCACUAUUGGAUUCUCCCCUUUCACAUGGUCACAUGUUUUUUUCUUUUCUGGAUGUACCCCCUCCAGCUCCACCAUAGUACUACUUCA